GUGCUUGGGUCGAACUUGAGCACGUCGGCGCUGAAUAUGUCCAUCGAGUCUACGGCUCAAAAGUAUCGCUGGCAGCAGGCCCUUGAUCUCUUCGAGACAGCGCGAUCGCUGCGGAAGAUGGACAUCGUGACCCUCAACAUUUGCCUGACGGCCGCUGUUCGCGCAGAGCGCUGGCAGCAGGCGCUGGCGCUGCUCGCAGAGGCGCCACGCUGGGGACUUCAGCUGACGAGUGCCUCUCUGGGCGCUGGUCUGGAUGCCGCGCAGCGUGGCUCUGCCUGGCAGCUGGCAUUGUGGCUGAGGGCGCAGAACCUGGGUGGGGCCGCGAAUGCUGUGGCCGUCAAUGCGGCCGUGGGAGCAGCUGCCGGCGCUUCGCGCUGGGAGAUUGCGUUGGAGUUGCUGCAAGAUCAUCACCUUCUCAACGCUC